AUGGAAACCCCGUCAUCGACCAGAAGAGUGACCAGAUCACAGACGUUGGAUGCUAAAAACAGUAAUAAUGGCAAAUUUGAGGAAUCUAAGACGUCUGUAACAAGAACAAGGCAGAGGAAUAGUGCAAAGCAACAAGAUCGAUCUGCCCUUAUCGAUAUUACAAAUGAUUCACCAAUUGUUGGGCUUGCAACGGGGAAUCUGGAUACCCCAUCAUCAACAAUGUCCAAGAAGAGAAUCAAGUUUCAUUCCAAGUAUACUUCUACACCAGGCUCGGGUGAGGCGCUUUUGAGAGGUCAAGUCAAGACCCUUCUGCAGAAAGUUGAAGAAGAGGCAACGUUUUCGAAGAUCUCCCUAGAAAAAGGGCCUUUGUUUAACCUCAAGUGCCUUGUAAACUCUCCCAUGAAUCUUCUUGCCCCAACUCCUAUAAACACGCCUCAAAUCUUAAAUAUCAGUGAAUUGAAUUCUGCUAACCCAUCUCCAGUUGAAGACAAGUUUGUGAUUUCUCAGAAUGGAAUUGAUGAGAAAAAAGAGGAGGGAAGUGAAAAUGAGAAGGAUCUGAUUACAAGGGCACUGGAUUUCUCAGAGAAAUCAGAGGGGUUCGAGUGUUCCUCUGUGUUGACUUAUCAGGGAUGUAUUAAAGAGCAGCAGCUAUGUACUGACGAUGACGAUGAUGAUGCAUCUUCUAUAUGGUCUAUUCAGGUUAAUGCCAGCAGCAUUAGAGAUGAUGAUGAAGAAGAAGAAGAAUACGAGGACGAGUACAAUUAUGAAGGAGAAGGAGAAGAAUGCGAGGAGGAGUAUGAUUAUGAAGGAGGAGGAAUGGUUGAUGAGUUGUGCCAAGGAAUGACAAAGAUAAGUGUGGAUGGAGAGAAGACAAUGGGAAUAUUUAGCGGUAAGCAUACGAGGUUUGAAUACAACAGUGAUGGUGAGCUUCGAGGGGAGGAAGACGAAGUAUAG